GCCAGCUUUGGUUUGCUCUUUAUCCACAUGUGCCACGUGGAGCAGCGUGUCAGUCAACUUUCAACAACUACUUGACUCUCCCGACGAUAAUUACCGGCUAUCUCCGGUUCUCGUUUCCGACGUCGGCCGUUUCUUUUUCAUUUUUGUCGUUUUUUUUCCAAAUUUUUUUAUUUCGGGAAAAUAACAAAAAAAGAAAGAAAUAAAAAGAGGUGAUUCAAAUCCAGAGAGUUCUCAUUAUGUAUAUUCAAAAUCUGAAUCGAGAAGGAAUCUGACUCGUGUAGAUGAGAAUCGGCGGCGUCGAGGUUACGAAAUUUGCGUCGGAGAUGAUGUCGUCGUCGUCUUCGUCGGCGGUGGAGAUGUUGAAUCUCAAAGAAGCUUCGAAUUGGUGGUCAGACGUAAACGAAUCUCCGAUUUGGCAGGAUCGUAUCUUCCAUGUUCUCGCUGUUCUCUACGGAAUCGUUUCCCUCGUUGCUGUGAUUCAACUUGUGAGAAUACAAUUGAGAGUUCCUGAAUAUGGUUGGACGACGCAAAAGGUCUUUCACUUUCUCAAUUUCGUUGUUAAUGGAGUUCGUGCUGUGGUGUUUGUCUUCAGGCGAAAUGUUCAGUUUAUGCAACCAGAGAUUCUGCAACAUAUCUUGCUUGAUAUUCCAAGUCUUGCUUUCUUCACCACCUAUGCUCUUCUGGUUCUUUUCUGGGCUGAAAUUUAUUAUCAGGCGCGUGCAGUAUCGACUGAUGGACUCAGGCCAAGCUUCUUCACAAUUAAUGCAGUUGUAUAUGUAGUUCAGAUUGCUCUAUGGUUGGUUUUGUGGUGGAAGCCUGUUCGAGUUAUGGUAAUCCUAUCUAAGAUGUUCUUUGCAGGUGUUUCAUUGUUCGCUGCCCUUGGAUUUUUACUUUAUGGUGGAAGGCUUUUCCUAAUGUUGCAACGGUUUCCAGUAGAAUCUAAAGGGCGGCGCAAAAAGCUGCAAGAGGUUGGUUACGUGACAACCAUAUGCUUUACGUGUUUCCUCAUCAGAUGUAUCAUGAUGUGCUUUGCUGCUUUCGAUGAGGGGGCAAACCUUGAUGUGUUAGAUCACCCCAUCCUUAACUUCAUAUAUUACCUGUUGGUAGAGAUAUUACCCUCCUCUCUGGUCCUCUUCAUCUUGAGAAAGCUACCACCAAAACGAGGCAUUACACAAUACCAUCAGAUUCGCUGAAAUGUAAAGGCACGACAACUAAUGAUCAGAUGAAGAAGACAAGACUAUGGUUGUUUAUGCUUUUCUGUAAUCAAUAGAGAGAAAAGCAUAAGAUGGAAAUGAAAUAGAUCUAAAGCUGAUAAGGCCUUUUGGUUGAUGAUGGGAAUGGAUUCUACUUGAUUUUUGGUAAACGGUAAACUGGGGUUUGUUCCCUUUAUAUAAAGGUUAUGUUGUAAAAAAUUUAUUAUAAAGUACAUGUAAGAAUUGUGUAAAUUUAUGUUGAAUCAUGUGGUAAAAAAAAAAAAAAGUUUCUUUUUAUUGUCUUCAGUCUGAGAAUUUAAAAGAUGAAAGAAUGAGAAGCAAGUUUUUAUACCAUGAGUUUUGUGUGUGUGUUUCUGAAAAAAAUACAGAUGUAGUGAAGUUUGAA